AUGAAGAAGACGAAGACGCAGCAGCCUCGGGCUCAGAGCAUGAGCUAUACGCCGUCCUACGCCAUCGACGAGCAUCGCCGUAUCGCCGCCGCGGCCCUGCGGCUGCCUCGUCUACACACGCCGGCCAGCGCCAGAUCCGGUCCUCCAGAGCCAGACGGGGCCGUCCAGAUGCCCCAGGCCGCGUACAUCCUUGAGGCCGGCUCUGUCGACGUCGAUGUUCAUGCCGGUACUUAUGCUGGCCCUGGUGCAGAUGCAGACGCCGACGCCGACGCCGACACUGAUCGGGACGUGGAGGACUGGCGGAAGGUCAAGAUGUCCGCCGUGAGCAGGACAGGCUCGAUAGAGAGCAGUCCGCGUCGAGCGGACAUCGUCUCGCAUUCGCAUUCCCAUCACAGCCAUCACAGCCACCAGAGCCACCGCAGUCAUCAGAGCCAUCAGAGCAGACGGCACAGCAGCUACGUCGACCGCAGCCAUCAUCACAUUGAAGAAGACGACGAGGACGAAGACGAUGAAGACGACGGAGACGAGCUUGAGCCUGGAUGCUCGCAUGAAAACGCCUUCUUUGUCCUACUUCGAAUAUCCUUCUACCUCCCGCCCUUCACCAUCUUCGCAGCCAUCUACGCAUUUAUAUCCCUAAUAUUCCUCCUCCUCGCCGUUCCCUUACGGCUCUGUCCACCUUCUCCGUUCUUCAAACCGCCUACCUCUCUCACCGAGCAGAUCUGUCGCCUGCUCGUCCCCUUGCUCCGUCUCAACCGCAAAACCGUCACCAGCACAACCAACAACCACAAUUACCGCAGCAGCUACCACAACCAACAAUACCAGCACCACUCAAAACGCACUCGCCGACACUACAGCACGCACUCAAGCCAGCCUCCUUCUGCCUUGGCCUCCCCGCGGCAGUCAUAUACCGUCUCAACGUCGACGCCUGUCUCAGCGUCGCUCUCAAGUUACACCAUCCCCGCCCAGCCUGGCCCCGUCACCGGCUCUGCAAGUACACCUGCAUCUACGCCUACGCAUGCAUCGUCCAGCCCAAACUCAAGGCUGUACGCCAACUACUCUGCGCCCAUGCUAGUGGGCGUCCACCUGCUCUCCCCCUUACUGCUCCCUCCCACCUUGCUGGCGGCCUGGAUAUGUGCCUGUUUCUGGAUCUUCGUGAUGAUAAUGGGCAAUCCCGACGGCAAAGAGAAGACCGACGAUGGCCGCGCUGCUGUCUUGGCAGUUAGGAAUUGGUGGUGUCUCUGGCUCGCCAGCGCAAGAAGGAAACGGAAGAGAAGAGAGUUAGAUGCCGGAGCUGUAUAG